CCUAUUUUGAUUGCGGAAUUGAAACCGAGAAAACCAAUUCACCCUCCCUUUGCGGGAACUACACAAAAUGAACAAAUCACGAGUAUUUUGUCUGGUAGGAAGAGAUCCGAUUUCACGCAUAGCAACCGCAGAAAACGUCGGAGACAUUUAUGAAACGACUCUUGCAUCUUCCACCGCGUAUGAAUUGCCAAGUACGUCUGACAAACCGCGACAAAGUCCUGCCCCAAUUCGUUGGAGUCAAGCAUCGCAGAAACGCGAUAGCUACGUCGCAGCGAUAAGCACUUCGGAAAUAAACCUUGAGCGCAUCGCUACCGGUAAAAAUCCUUCGACAAUGGAGGAAAUACUUUUACAAGAUAUGGGCGAUCAAGGUCUAUCGGGAUCGAUAAGUAAACGUGAAUUGUUGAAUAAGAAAAUUGAUUACGUGUUAGUUUAUUCUGAACCUGAGUUGGAGAAGAGAAAUGAAGAGGAAGAAAGAGAAAAAGCGGAAAUGAGAGAAAAAUAUGAGAAGAAUCUGAAAAAGCAAGGCUUGAAGAUAGAACAUGUAACAUCUAACAAACAGGAAAACCUUACCUUUGUUCUUGUCCACGCUCCCUGGGACGCUCUGGCCAAGUGUGCAGAGGAAAUGAUGAUUCGGGUUCCUGUUCGGGAGCCUGAAAGGCUAAUACACCUCAGGUCUUCGAAAAAGAAUAAAUGGCUUCAAAAGGCCAAAAAUGUUCUUAAUAUUUUCCAACUUCAAGAUCGUUCUCUCAUGAAACCUGAUCGUCAGGUAACCGCGGUUUUUAGUCGGGCAAAGUCAGACUGUUUCCUUAUCGAAGACAAGGAAACGUUUUUUUCCGACAUUGACCGAAGUCGCAUGACCCAUCGCUUUCUACUCUCGACGAAGUAUUCGUCUGAAAUGGACGACUUCGGAAUCUCUCGUCUGCUGCAUAAAGGGGUCUACGAAUGUGCAUAUCCCUUGCAUGAAGAUCUUCGGACAGAGAGCGAAGAUAAUCUUCCGACAAACGAACGUCAGCGAUUAUGUCAAAACUGGGCGUCUUUUAGUCAGUGGUACAAGUAUCAGCCCCUUAGUGCGAUAAAGAAUUACUUUGGGACUCGUGUAGCAUUGUAUUUUGCCUGGCUAGGAACAUACAAUUUCAUGCUUGUUAUUGCUGGUUUAAUCGGCAUGUGCUGCUUCAUCGUUGGUCUUAUAACAAUGGAAACAUUUCAACCAGUUAAGGAGAUCUGCGAUGAGAGAAACUCCGAGUUGUUUUACAUGUGUCCGCUUUGUGACAAAGAUUGCAGUUACUGGACCCUAACAAAAAGCUGUGAUUACGCUACAGUAUCACAUCUGUUUGACCACGAAGGAACGGUGUUCUUCGCGGUUUUUAUGUCUCUCUGGGCAACCGUGUUUCUGGAGAUGUGGCGAAGACGCGAAAUAAGCUUAGCUCACGAAUGGGACAUGUUGCAUUUUGAAGAACAAUUUGAACCACCUAGGCCAGCUUUUGUUACAAAGGCCAAAAACAAGCGACCCAACCCUGUGACAGGCAAAUUGGAGCCCUACAUUCCGUUUUCGUUGCGUGCGGGGAAAUUCACGUGUGGUUUUAUAAUAGUUUCGUUCAUGGUUUUACUCGUAAUUGCUACUUUAGUUGGAGUUGUCAUUUACAGAGCAGCUAUGGUCGCUGUUUUGUCCGCCUUCCCGGACGAGGACAUACAGAAGGGCGCGCGAAUUAUAACCUCUUUGACAGCUUCUGUUCUGAAUCUUGUCGCUAUUACUGUGCUGGGAGUUGUGUAUGAGAAAAUAGCGGUCGCGCUAACCGAGUGGGAGUCCCCCCGGACCAGAACAGAGCAUCAAAAUAUUUUAACACUGAAGCUAUUUUCUUUUCAGUUUGUAAACAUGUACUCGUCGCUGUUUUACAUUGCGUUCUUCAAAAGCAGUCGUAUCGUGGGAUAUCCUGGGAACUAUAAUCGAAUCGGCGCGGGAAGAAUGGAAGGAUGCGACCCAUCGGGAUGUUUUAUUGAGUUGUGCAUUCAGUUAGCUGUUAUCAUGGUUGGCAAGCAGUUCAUCAAUUCCAUUUCCAAGUUUGCUAUGCCAUCUUUUGUGCGUUGGUGGUACGGGCGUAAGGAAAAAGGAUCAAAUGCACAUCCUGAACAGUGGGAGAUAGAUUAUCUAAUUAAUAGUGAACCGGAGUUGAGAAUGUUCUACGAAUAUCACGACAUGGUAAUCCAGUUUGGUUUUGUUACCAUGUUCGUGGCUGCAUUUCCCCUGGCACCUUUGUUUGCACUCAUCAACAAUAUCCUGGAACUUCGCAUAGAUGCCAUUAAUUUCGUCGUUAACUUCCGCCGACCAGUAGCAGAGCGGGCUCAAGGGAUUGGUGUCUGGUUCGGAAUUCUCCGCACCAUGAGCUGGUUUGCCGUAGUAGUGAACUCCUUUGUGAUCGCCUUUACAUCAGAAUUUAUUCCAAGGGAAGUGUACAAAUACGCAUACAGCUCCGACGGAAGUUUAACUGGCUAUGUCAACAACAGCUUGUCUUACUUCAACAUUAAAGACUUCAGUGAGCUGUCCCUACCUCGGGAUCCUUUCAAAAACUUACCUUACAACAAAACCUAUUGCAGGUACAAGGAGUACUUUGACCCACAAGAGCCGUACGAUUUCAACCGUCAGUAUUUCUUCGUUCUCGCUGUCCGUUUAGCUUUCGUCAUUAUCUUCCAAUACUUCGUUUUCUUCAUCGUUAGUCUCUUGGAUUGGCUCAUUCCCGACAUCCCCCGCAAACUUGAAGUGAAGAUAAUGCGCGAGAGUUACGUCGCUAAGCAAUGCUUAACUCGAAGUGAGGCUGAAGCGUCACGUGACCUAGACGCACGUGUGUCGCACACUGAAGGUUCUACAGAUUCUCUUUACAUGUCUUGCGAGAAUGUAAACAGAUCAAGAAAGUCUAGUAGUAUUGCUAAUGGAAGCAGACUUGGCAUCAAUAGAGUAUGAUGACAACGUACAUCAUUGGAGGAUGGAAUGAUCAAAAUCUUGUCUGAGCUUUUCUCUUUGAACUUGGAUUUUAAUUUGGUUGAGCAUGAGUCAAAACUGAUUUUCUGUGUGACGUAUUUUGUAUAUUUUAUUUAGAGUCUUCCUUCUUUCUUUUGGUUUUAUAAGUCUGCAUUUUUUCUUGGAACAGACUCAUAACAGGC